CAACAAAUAUGAAAUACGGGGACUGAGGGAGUGCAACCGAGGUGUGGUCCAUUUCUGCAUCGAACUUCGCAGUUGCAAUCCGGGAUGAUUGUCUGCGGCCGUGGGGUGAAAAGAGAUGGCAGAUCGGUCCAGCCGAAGCGCCACCAUUUAAUUGAAUCAGCGCGAAUUUCAAUUGAUCAAUGCUUACUUGGAUCGUCUGGUGUUCAAACCCACGAGUGACUUUCCCCAAAGCGGACCCAUCUGGAUUCUCGGGAUACUUGUCGAAGAUAGGUCGAAAUUUGGCAAACGAUAAUUUUUGCAACAUAUUAGAGCCGUACAAUCUGGACCGAAGCGAUUGAUUGGCCGAGUCGCAGUCGCGAGCGAUCGUUGGUGUCGUGCGGAGUUCUAGUCUCGAGCAGUGCGCUGAAUCUGUGAUUUUCUUUGUCAACGAACAAAAUGGUCUCAUCCGGCAUGUGCUUGCUGCUACUGUUGGCUAGCAUCCACGUAACAUUGACUGCACCAACUCGACGACGCCAGGAAUUGGAAGGAUGUUCGAGGAGUUCACCUGACUUGGGCGAUUGCGUCGGGAACUCAAUUCAGCACUUUGUCAACUUCAUGGCCAGCGGGAAACUUUCACCGAAAGUUUCGGUAACACCGUUCGACCCUCUUCUGCUCCCAAAUAUGACGAUAACCCAUCAGAGCAAAGAGUUCAAGGCAGUAUUCGUCAACCGCUAUCUAGUAGGACUGAAACACAGCUUCGUUCAUGACACGAGCGUUGAUCUCAAAAAGAAAGAACUGAGCCUCACCUUGUUGAUGCCCGCUAUGGAGCUGCUUGGAAUGUACACAACCGAGUCCAUCGAUUACCACGAAGCGACGGAGAACACGAUCCUGACCAUUUCAAUUAGGAGUUCCGCGGCCAAAUUUCGAGCUCAAGGUGAACUGUACAAAUCCACAACAACCGGCAUGGACCACGUCCGUCUCAACGUGACGGACGUCGAACUGGUGAUGGGCCACUACAUGAUCAACGAUCUGGACCACAGCACUCCCGUCCCACGGACGAACCGCCACUUUGAUAGUGUUUCACGGCCCGAAUUUGUGAAACUCAUCGAAAAAGACCUACGGGUGCAGCUGGGCGCCCGAUUGCAGCACAUCGCCAACGAAGUGUUAGCACUGGCGCCCUAUCAGAAGCUCUUUCCCGUAUGAUCUCCCGAACAAAGUAGGCCUCAAUAAAGCACUGAGAAAAUAACAA